AUGCCCUCACCCGAUCCCAUCCCCAGCUCCAACGAAGCCGACCUCCGUCAACCCGCCCUCGCAGCAUGGACCGCCAUCGCCUCCUACUGGGACGCGACCAUCGGCGCGGGCGGCAACAAGUACUGGACGCGCCUGCAGGAACCAUGCCUCACCCGCCUGCUAGGCACGCACCUCGCACGCCCGGGAUGCCGCGCGCUGGACCUGGCGACGGGCAACGGGCUGUGCGCGCGGUGGCUGGCGGCGCGGGGCGCCGCGGCGGUCGUGGCGACGGACGGCAGCGGGGCGAUGCUCAAGCUUGCGGCGCGGCGGGUUGCUGAGGACUGUGGUCUCGGUGUGGAUGGUGAUAAGAUUGUCCUGCGCAGGCUGGAUGUUACGGAGCCUGCGGAUUUUGAUAAGCUGGUGGACGACGAGGGAAGCCAGCGGUUCGAUGUCGUGCUCGCGAAUAUGGCGCUCAUGGACGUGGCGACGCUGGAGCCGCUUGCCGUGGCCCUGACGCGGCUGCUGGGCCCGGACGGCGUCUUCGUCGCGACGGUGCUGCACCCCGUGUUCUUCACGUCUGGCGCGUCGCGCAACAUCGACCUGCGCUUCGACCCGGCGACGGGCGAGCUCGGCGUCGUGCGCGCCAAGGUGGUCAGGGACUACCUGUUCGUCCCGCCGGCCAAGGGCGUAGCCUUCGUUGACCAGCCGGAGCGACAGCUGUAUUUCCACCGCCCGAUCCACGAGCUGCUGGGCGUGUUUUUCCGCGCCGGGCUCGUCCUGGACGCCUUGGAAGAGCCGGCGUUUACGGCCGCCGACCACGAGGCCAGGCUCGAGUCCAGCGCCAACUACACGCAGCUGCCGGCACUACUUGCGUUUCGGAUGCGGCUUGCCUAG